AUGGAUUACCUUCCUCUGCCCAGGGUUCGACAGCACGAAUUGCCUGUGGCCUUACUCUUCGGAUGUUCCAGCUACGACCAUGGCAGCUUCGAGGAUUUUCCGAGGCGAUCUGGCUGGGAUAUCACCAAGCUGCUCAGGGGAGAGCUAGAUGGGAAAGAGCCUUCGACUGCAGCGGCUUUUCUUCAGCAUUGGCUUUAUUUUGGCAUUAUCCAAACUGUGUUUUCUGUUGCAGAGAUACCGUUCCACCUGUCAAGCUUCGUUGUGGUUCAGCCUGAUUUUACAACGACGAAUUACUUCACCCGCCUUCUGAAACGGGAUCAUCAAAGGGUUUGUACAGUCCUCCAGGAUCUGGAUCGCCGGGGCGUUCUUAGUCCGCCGGAUCAACUGCCAAAUGGCGGGACGCCACUGCGACUGUUUGUUACAGGAAAGGCUCUCGUUUCGGGAUUAAAGGAUCUGGAAAGCAAGGCGGGCUCGGCCUCCGAGGAGCAAAGGCAGCACGCAUUUGGGAGAAUCAACUCUGAGGUAGACGUAGCGCUUCACAUUCUUCGCCUCUUCGCUGAGGCAACAUCUACUGCCAGGGAUGCCGAGGAUCGUGAUUUCCAGCAGCUCCUUCGGGCUGUUUUGCCGGGAGAAAUUGAGCUCUCAAUCGUGUUGUUGGCCGAGACUAUCAAGCACAAACUGGUGGAUAUCUAUGGUUCACGACUCAGUCUCCGGCCCCUAGGCAGCCAGUGGUUGCUUGAAAAGAUGCAAGAUCUUGGCUGGUGUCAAGCGUUUUUAGCAUACUUGUUGCAUCGAUAUGGGAUGCGUUUCAUCUACUACGGUUAUCUACAGGGCUCCAUUCCCAACCGCGGCCUCGAUCAUUCAAAAUGCCAGGGGAGUCGUUGCGUGGCAAACAACAUUGACAAGGCCACAUAUGUCACCCAGCACGCCAGAUCAGAACUCGUCUUCAGGCCCCGAUGGUGGGAGCCACACUCGGCUGUCUUGCGCCGGGUCAACCGCGCUUGGUACGGGAAGCGAAGUUCUGUCUGUGACUGCGGUCAUGUAAGUCCAGAUAUUCAGAAAGUCCAAAGCAUCCUACACAGUGGUGGCAUUCCCUUGAUAUCACUCCGAACGCCACGCUUCUUGGACGGCAAGUCGCGUCUCCUAAACGUUCAACUUGAAGUGGUCGAGUGGGAGCCCAGUAUCCCCUUCACUGCGAUUUCACAUGUGUGGUCUGAUGGAUUGGGAAACCCAACCUCAAACUCACUUCCUCUUUGCCAAUUGUUGGAGCUCCGGAACAUCCUCUUAAGCUCUAGGGCUGACAUUCCCAAUGUGAAGUCAUUGAUAUUCAGCGGACUGAAGAAUAUCUUAGUCGCAUUUACAACGUCUCCUCAGAAUUUGUAUUUUUGGAUGGACACUUUAUGUGUGCCGCUUGAUCCCGGGACUCGCAAGUUAGCCAUCCUCAAGCUAACUGGCUGCUUCAGGAACGCCGCGCUAGUCCUAGCUCUAGACUCUUUCAUGAUGCGUUGCAGUUCCUCGAUGCCAGAGAACGAUAUCUUAUACCAACUCAACUUGUCAACUUGGACUCGAAGAAUGUGGACCUUUCAAGAAGCCGUGGUUGCCCAGCGAAUUCACUUGCAAUUAUCGGACGGGUAUGAGAGAUUGAUCCAUCUCCCUGUACACUUCCAUCGGUGGAGCGCGUCCAGCGAUGUGGUUAUUACCAUGGAUGUGCGGAAAAACCUCCUGCUUUUCCCCCUUACCGUCGCGGGCUUGCAACUCGAGUUAAUGUCUGCUCAACCGCGCCUACUGGCUGUUGCGCUUGCGCUUUCAGGUCGGACGACAAGCUGGCGCACCGACGAAGCAAUCUCUGUCGCAACUCUCCUCGGAGUAGGCCUUGAUGAGGUCCUCGCCGUUGACGACGAUGGAGAACAGAGGUGGCUAGCACUCCUUCCCGCCCUAAAGAACCUCCUAAGUCCGAGCGUUAUCUUCAUGCGCGGGCCCAAAAUGACUUCCCCAGGCUUCCGCUGGGCACCAUCGACGUUUCUAGACUUGGACAGAGAAACUGAAGUGGCAUUCCUGACGCGGAGAGAGACCCAAGACGAACUGCCCUUGCAAAUUUCCAACAGGGGCGUAGUCGUUACGUUCCCGGGCCUGCUAUUCGGCACAAUUCCCAAACCCCUCACAUCGACUUUCUGUUUCGAAUCCAGGGCCACCGCAAAGCGGUUUUGGGCAACCACCGGGCUUCGUCCCGAUGGCAGAGCAUACUGGGAUAUCGCAAACAUUCCCACCGGCACGGCCUACGGACUUGUCAUGCAGCGGGUCCCUGACGAGAACUCCAAAAACACCAGGGCGGUCUUGCUUGCUGACUGUUCAGUAGAAGACGAGGUCAUUUACGGUUCAUAUAUCUGCGUGCUUCACACUGAAAGGUUACUCCAAAAGGUAGAUCGCCCGCCGUACGUUACCGAACAGACCGUGUGGGGGAUUAUUACAGCUAUCCCAGACUUCAGAGAGAAAUGCUGGUUUCCGGAUGUUGAAAUAGAGUUUCCGAGACAGACCUGGUGUAUUUCUUAG